AUGUUAAUCCAACCACUUGCCCGCGCCGCCAGUCGGCCGGGCCUUCGGGCAUGCAGUUUGCGCCCGCAUCCUCUACACCACGGCAUCCGCGUCUUCACCUCCUCCCCGCUACACAGAAAAGAUGCUCACGGCCAGCGGCCAAACCCAGGCGCAAAGCCAGCCGUCGAAGCUACCAAACCUGCCGCCGACCCCGCUGCUGCCAAAGUCGCAAAGACGGAUCCCUUGCUCCAAGAGCAGGUCCUGACCAACAAGGAGCAGCGCAAGGCCGACUGGGCUAUCAUGAAGGAAAUGUCAGCAUACCUGUGGCCAAAGGAUAAUCUGGGCACCAGAUUUAGGGUCGGCCUCAGCGUGGGCUUGCUUGUAGGCGCAAAGCUGCUGAACGUCCAAGUUCCCUUCUACUUCAAGAGCAUUGUAGACGCCAUGAACAUAGACUUUGCAGCUGUUGGCGGCACGGCGACGACAGUGGCAGGCUCUAUGAUCAUUGCAUACGGAAUGACUCGUAUUGGCGCCACUGUAUCCCAAGAACUCCGCAAUGCUGUUUUCGCCAGUGUGGCCCAGAAGGCGAUACGCAAGGUCGCUUGCAGUGUCUAUGAGCAUUUGCUCCGGCUAGACUUGAGCUUCCAUCUGUCACGACAAACCGGAGGCUUGACACGGGCCAUUGAUCGCGGAACCAAGGGCAUCAGCUUCUUGCUGACUGCCAUGGUCUUUCACAUCUUUCCCACGGCACUGGAAAUCUCAUUGGUAUGCGGUAUCCUGACCUAUCAGUACGGCUGGCAAUUUGCUCUCAUCACCGGCACAACCAUGACCGCAUACUCUGUCUUCACCAUCAUGACCACAUCAUGGCGCACCAAAUUCCGCAAGCAAGCAAACGCCGCCGACAACAAAGCCGCCACCGUCGCCGUCGACUCCAUGAUCAACUACGAGGCCGUAAAGUACUUCAACAACGAGAAAUACGAAGUCGGGCGCUACGACAAAGCGCUCAAAGACUACGAAAAAGCGUCCAUCAAGGUCGCCACUUCCCUCGCCUUCCUCAACUCGGGCCAGAACAUCAUCUUCUCUUCCGCUCUCACUGCUAUGAUGUACCUCGCCGCCAACGGCGUUGCCACGGGCCAGCUUACAGUCGGCGACCUUGUCAUGGUCAACCAGCUCGUCUUCCAGCUCUCCGUGCCCCUCAACUUCCUCGGCUCCAUGUACCGCGAACUCCGCCAGAGUCUCCUAGACAUGGAGACCCUGUUCAACCUCCAAAAAGUCAACGUAGCCGUCAAGGAUAAGCCAGAUGCCAAGCCCCUCGCCCUCAAAACCGGAGAGAUCAAAUUCGAAAACGUAACGUUUGGAUACCGCCACGACAGACCUAUUCUCAAGAACCUCAACCUUACUAUUCCCGCGGGCAAGAAAGUCGCCAUCGUUGGACCUAGUGGCUGCGGAAAAUCAACUAUCCUUCGCCUUUUGUUCCGCUACUACGAUGCGCAGGAGGGACGUAUCUUGAUCGAUGGUCAGGAUAUCCGCGAUGUGUCGCUGGAUAGCUUGCGCAGGGCGAUUGGUGUUGUACCGCAAGAUACCCCACUCUUCAACAACACUAUUCAACACAACAUCCACUACGGUAACUUGGACGCGACGCAAGAACAAGUCAUCGAGGCGGCGAGACGCGCGCGUAUCGAUGAGAGUAUUGCGCGGUUUCCGGAUGGAUACCAGACCAUGGUUGGGGAGAGGGGCAUGAUGAUUUCGGGUGGUGAGAAGCAGAGAUUGGCAAUUGCUAGGCUGGUGCUGAAGGAUCCGCCGUUCUUGUUCUUUGAUGAGGCGACGAGUGCGCUGGAUACACAUACCGAGCAAGCUCUCCUUUCACACAUCAAUUCUCUUGUUAGGGAGAAGAGACGCACAAGUGUCUUUGUGGCGCAUCGCCUGCGCACGAUUUAUGAUAGCGAUGUUAUUAUUGUGCUGAGGGAGGGGGGUGUGGCGGAGAGUGGGACGCAUCAGGAUUUGAUUGAUUGUGGGGGGUUGUAUAGUGAGCUUUGGAGUGCGCAGGAGACUAUGUUUGUUGAGAAGGAGGAGGGUGAGGGGGAGGGUGAAGAGAAGGGUAAGGAUGGGGAGAAGAAGUAG